AUGCAAAGUAUAUGGCUUUUGAACAAUUUUUUAAGAUUUAAUUUAAACUUUUGGAUUUAUAAGAAGAGUAAUUUUCAGCCUUAUAGGAUUUUUAAUGACAGAAUACAUUUACUUGAUGAAUGGAAUAGAUAUAUGACAACUCGAACAAAGAAAGAAUCAAAAUUAAUAAAGCAAUAUCGUAACUCGAAUAUUAUGUUUAUUGUGCUUCUCACUAUUCUUGGUUCUCAAGCUAUUCAUGUUUUAUCUAUUAAACAGGAGUUUAAUGAAUUUGAAACGCAAAUAGAUGCGAAAAUAUCUCUUUUGCGUGAUAUUAUUGAUCGUAUUCAAAGAGGAGAAGAUGUAGAUGUUUCAAAAGAGCUUGGGACAGGUGUUAAUAAACAGGAAAAGGAAUGGUUGGAUGUUAUGCAACAAGUAAUAGAAGAUGACCAAUGGAAAGAUUAUAAAAGAAUUAAUUGA